AUUUCAAGGGUACAACAGAUUGCUCCACUCAGAUGAUCACUGAAGACGACGACUUUCGUUGGAAUGCUUUCCGAUCUCAUAAACGAGCGAAUAUCGAAAAGCUGUCACUGACACCUUGGAUGAUAACAUGUUUGCAGGCCACUAAGCUUCUUCUCUUCCUUUUCUGCAACACAUUUCUGACUGUGGGAGCAGCAAUUUCUAAAAUAUGUGUCUUAAUCCUUGCCACCAAUCUAUGGGAAAAGAGAUACACAUCAAACACAUAUGCUCGUCGAUGCAGCAGAGUUCCAGUUGAACGCACGCCAAGAGCAGUAGCAGCGAUGUACCUCAGCCUGAUGCUCAUCCAGGUCGUUCCGGACAUCCUAACUGUAGUCAGGUCCUUGGCCCGAUACUGUCGCAGCGAUAGAGCAGGAAGAAUCCGAUUUUCGUUUGUCACGCUUGAAACGCUACGCGCCUUUGGUCUGUCGCUACUUGUUUUCACCGUCUUCCCCCAGCUGGAUCUGUACAGAUGUCUAUGCCUCUGCGCAUGUUUUCCCAUAGUAACUGCUUUGCAAAGACUUAUGUCCACGAUUUCUAAUACGUUUAGGCCAGGGCGUUCAUUUGGCCGCAGGAUGUUGCUUUCGACCGCAACUCUGCCUCAUCUAAUCUUAUUUUUGCUACUUCUUAGCGCAACUUACCUCUGGAACGUUAUAGCAACGCCAUUUCAGGGUGUGUGGGUUCUUCCACUUGGUCUGUUCUCAGUUUCAAUUGGUUUUUGGGAAUCUUGGGUGGGAAAAAGACAUGCCGGCACGGUUUUUCAUGAACUGUAUCAGGUGAAAUAUGGUUUGCGCAAGCUGAACGUUUCCACUCGUAUAAUGAUAGCAAUCUCUCGAAUAUUUGUGGUGCUGACAAUCAUGUCGUACGCCGCUCGAGGCCAUGUGAAGACUUCAACAUUCCUUAGCGUGCUCACAUCGUACAGUGUAAGAUAUAGACAAACGAAAAUUCUGCUGGCUGCAUUUGUGAUAAUCUUAUUGAAUCUGAUGUUACGCGUUUGUGCUCGUUUUCUGGCCGCCAUUGGCAUGAAAGCUUUCUCUGUACUUCACCCGGUCACCAUAGUACCAGCUGUCGGCUAUGCUAUGGUCGCUUUCAUCUGCAGUAAUAAUAUAUGUGGAAUUGCAUCGUUCCUCGCUAGAAUGGGCUUGAGAUGGUGCUGUGACCAAUGGGGAAGAAACACGCGUCCAUUUGACGACUGGUACAUCUGCAUGAUUUGGCUGGCAAUAGGCGCAUAUAGAGGAUAUCAAUUUGUGCGCCAGAGAUCGUACGAUGCAUCUGAUGAAAUUCUCGACUCGAUGCCACCUGUUUCGAAUGGAUUUUGUAUAGAGCAAUCACUAGUUGUAUUCCAUAACUCACUCAGUAAAACGGAGCCGGCAUUAGACAUGGAUGACGACCAUGGUGAUCCUGCAGAUGAACUUCAUGUGCGAAAUGAUGAGGUUGAUAGAACCUUAACUCUUUACAUGUGCGCAACAAUGUGGCACGAGACAGCCACAGAGAUGGCUCAGAUGUUGAGAAGUAUCAUUAAGCUCGAUGAAGAGCAUGCGCAUCGCCUCAGUAAUAAGAAAGUGGACCAAUUGCGCUUCCGUCUGGAAGGUCACAUAUUCUUUGAUGACGCUUGGGAAGAUCAAACUGAGUUGGGGAUAACGAAGCGUGUACCCAACGACUUCUUUCACACCUUUUUUGACACGCUUAGUGAAUUGACCGGUGAGUUUGUUGAUGAAUCUGGCUCCAUGAUGUCUCGCAUUCUUGUCAACACGCCUUACGGUGGCAGAUUGGUGGUACGACUGCCAGCUGGAACGCUCUUAUUUGUCCAUAUGAAAGAUAAGAAGCUUAUAAGGAAUAAAAAGAGAUGGAGUCAGGUUAUGUAUAUGUACUAUCUGCUUGGUCAUCGGAUCAUGGAUUCACCGCUGAGUUUAGAGGAUCGUCAGCAAAUGGCUGACAACACGUUCAUCUUAGCUAUAGAUGGUGAUUCGAAGUUUGAACCGGAGGCAGUCAUCCGUCUUUUGAAUCUGAUGAACACCAAAAGUGACAUAGGAUGCGCAUGUGGAAGAAUUCAUCCUAUUGGCUCAGGAGUGAUGGUGUGGUAUCAAAAGUUCGAAUACGCCAUUGCGCAUUGGUUCCAGAAAGCUGCUGAACAUGUUUUUGGAUGUGUGCUUUGUGCUCCUGGAUGUUUUUCCUUGUUCAGAGCAUCUGCUUUGAUGGAUGACAACAUCAUGCACAAGUACACGAAGACGGCAAAUGAGCCACGUCAUUUUGUACAGUACGAUCAAGGAGAAGAUAGGUGGCUCAGUACACUCAUGUUGAAGCAGGGUUAUCGUAUCGAGUACGUCGCUGCUUCGGAUGCUGAGACUUAUGCUCCUGAAGGCUUCGAGGAAUUCUUCAAUCAGCGCCGACGAUGGACACCUUCUUCAAUAGCAAACACAAUUGAUCUACUAGCGGAUUACAAGCGUGCUUCUGAGAACAAUGACUCCAUAUCGAUGUCAUACAUCGCUUACCAAUUCCUAGUGAUUUCUUUUUCAAUGCUCGGACCAGCAAUCAUGUUUUGUAUGCUUGUUUUCGCCCAGGUGGCCGCAUUUGGGGUUGAUUCUGCUAGAAUGAUGCUAUACAACGGCGUCCCUAUUAGCUUGUUCAUCAUACUUUGCUUUACUACCGAAUCUAAUGUACAGCUUUUUUACGCAAAGUUUAUGUCAAUUGUUUAUGCUUUUGUAAUGCUUGCGGUAUUGGUGGCCACAGCAUCGCAAAUUGUAUUAGAAACUGUGAUCUCACCUACCUCGAUGUUUAUCGUGACGAUGGUCAUAGUAUUCUUCAUUGCUGCCUGUUUACAUCCAAAAGAAUUCACAAAUAUUAUCUAUGGAAUCAUAUUUUUCCUCAUGAUACCUUCGACCUAUGUAUUUCUGUCACUUUAUUCCCUAAUCAAUCUCAAUGUGAUCAACUGGGGAACCCGCGAAGCCGUUGCAAAGGCAACCGGGAAGGUCGAAACAUCUUCCACGCUUGAGCGCUGGCUCCGCCGCAUAGGUGAGGGCCCAUGGUCCGCAUUAUGUCCUACUCUUCGUGCCAGACCUGAUGAGGCACUGCAAUUAAUCGAGCGAAAGUUAGAGCGCAUGGAGCGAUCUGUCAGCAAGAUGCAGAAAGAACACGAAAAUAAAGAUGAAAUCACGGAACAUCUGAAGAAAAUUGCAAGAGAAGUGGAUGAUGCUGAGGGAACUAAUGACGUGGUUGAAAUUAGACGACCGAAUGUGGAAGCUGAGCCAGUGAGAGUCGCAGACAAAUACAUGUGGAUGGAAGGAGAUUAUCUACAGGUGUGUGAACGUGGACGUCUGAAGGCAGCUGAAGAACAGUUCUGGACUCAACUGAUUGAAGAGUACCUGAAACCUGUGCAAUCCACACCACAAGAGCAAAGCGAAAUUGCGGCUGGCCUUGCUUCCUUGCGCAAUAAUGUCGCUUUUUCAAUCAUUCUCGUAAAUGCGCUGCUAGCACUUGCAAUCUAUCUCAUCCAGAAGCACAAAAAUGUAUUGAGCAUUCGCUGGACACCGUAUAAGGACUUUAAAUGGACGAAAAUGAAUGAAAUGACUGGACAGUAUGAAGAGACCAAGGAUCCUCUCAAAAUUGAUCCGCUAGGAAUGACGAUUAUCGUGUUUCUCCUGGGUAUACUGGUUGUGCAGACCAUAGGCAUGAUAAUUCAUCGUCUGAACACGUUGAUUGGUGCUUUCCAAGAAGUCAGUCAGCUUCGUGACUUUGUUCCUGUCGUGAAGUCGAAUAGAUUGAAUGAUGAAAGAAUUUUAACUGCAGCCCGACAGAUGAUAGACACAACUUCUUAUGCAUUGAGCCAUGCUGCCGAUGGUUACACUAGACAUCGUGAACUGGAUUCUGACAAUGACACAGUGCUAUACAAAUUGCAAAGAGCACGGUUAGCCAAAAGGCUGCAACGAGCUGGAGAGAAAAAGUAGAGGGUUGGACAUUAUUUUUUCGUUCAGGAACGUUUGUUUUACUUACUCAAGUUUCAAGUUUUACCGUGAAUCUCAAAAGAAUGAGCUUUUUUAUUCAAAUUUUAUCAUUCAUUGCAUGUUAUUCUCAUAAU